AUGCCUCCAAAAAGGAUCACAGUCCAACCUGCCACACGUCGUGGACCGCCAAAGGGAUAUUUCAGCUCGGUAUAUCACACUCUGACGUCGGAGGAAAAUGCCAGCGUCGUCUUGAGCGUCGCCAUGUUCGGUGUAUGUAUAAAAUCCCCCGGUGAUCCUUUCUCCUUGGUUCCCUAG